CCUUUAUAAGCACAUUUCUUUUCCUAUUCUUGCUCACCCCUCCAUCUUUCUCACUGUUCUUUUUUUUGCCAAUUGUUUGUUCUGAUUACAAAAACAGAAAGUUGUCAGUACCAUCUUUCCUGUCUUUACGAAAUCAUUACUUAUAAAACGUAUAUAAUGUGUUUGCUUUAAACUCCACAUGUUUUGCUAUUUUUAAAGUCAAAUUCCAACCCAAAAACAAGAGCAUUCCCUAUUUUUUUUGCUGUCAAUUUCUUCUUCUGCUUGCUCUAUUCUGUAAGCUUAAAAAAAGAGUAAAUGGAGAAGCUUUCCACGAUGAAAAUUCUUCCGGAAUUGUUAGUGGGCGCACAGGACGACAUUGCAAGGCAAAUUAUGGUGAUUUGGAAUCAGGCGAAGGUGUCGUUAGUGGUGCCAUUUCUGAGAGUCUUUGUGUAUAUUAAUCUGGUGAUGUUGAUAAUGCUGUUCACAGAAAAGGUUUACAUGGCUAUGGUCGUUGCAUUUAACAUGUUGUUUGGUAAAAAACUAGAACAACGUUACAAAUUUGAACCAUUUGAAGAUGAUGUUGAGCUGGGUAGCUCUAUUUAUCCUCUUGUUCUUGUUCAAGUUCCAAUGUUCAAUGAAAGAGAGGUUUAUCAGCUUUCUAUUGGAGCUGCAUGUAGGCUUUCAUGGCCGUCUGAUCGUAUUGUGGUUCAAGUGCUUGAUGAUUCAACAGAUCCAUUGAUCAAGAGUAUGGUGGAAAUGGAGUGCAACAGUUGGGCAAGCAAAGGAACAAACAUACAUUAUCAAGUUAGGGACAAUCGAAAGGGAUACAAAGCAGGGGCACUUAAAGAAGGUCUAAAACAUGAUUACACCAAACAAUGUGAGUACGUGGUCAUCUUUGAUGCUGAUUUCCAACCCGAACCAGAUUUUCUCACUCAGACAAUUCCGUUUCUUCAUCAUAACCCUGAAUUUGGUCUUGUUCAAGCUCGUUGGAAAUUUGUGAACUCAAAUGAUUGUUUAAUGACAAGAAUACAAGAGAUGUCACUUGAUUAUCAUUUUAAAGUGGAGCAAGAAUCUGGCUCUAUUAUUCAUGCAUUCUUUGGAUUCAAUGGAACUGCCGGAGUUUGGCGGAUGGCUGCCCUUAAUGAGGCAGGUGGAUGGAAAGACCGUACCACAGUGGAAGAUAUGGAUUUAGCAGUCCGAGCUAGUCUUAAAGGAUGGAAGUUCUUAUACAUUGGCUCACUAAUGGUUAAAAAUGAACUACCAAGUGUAUUGAAAGCUUAUCGGUAUCAACAACAUCGUUGGUCUUGUGGCCCAGCAAACCUUUUCAGAAAAAUGGUUUUUGAAAUCGUGAAAAAUAAGAGAGUGACAUGGUGGAAGAAACUAUAUGUGUUGUAUAGUUUCUUCUUUGUAAGAAAGAUCGUAGCUCAUAUCGUUACAUUCACACUCUAUUGCGUUGCGAUUCCUGCAACAGUAUUGAUACCGGAAGUUAUGAUUCCAAGUUGGGCUACAAUAUAUAUCCCAACCAUCAUCACGCUUCUGAAUGCAGUUGGAACUCCCAGGUCUUUCUAUUUGGUGGUGUUUUGGGUUCUCUUUGAGAAUGUCAUGUCCCUACAUCGGACUAAGGCGACAUUCAUCGGACUUUUUGAAACCCGGAGAGUGAAUGAAUGGGUCGUCACUGAGAAGCUUGGAGAUGCUUCCAAGGUCAAAGAAGCACCGCAACAAAGUCAAUCACGAUUUAAAAUAGGUGAAAGAAUUCUUAUGCUAGAGCUUUGUCUGGGAUUUGUCAUUUUUGGAUGUGCUUGCUAUGAUCUUGCAUAUGGAAAGUACCACUACUAUAUUUACCUUUAUCUACAAGCUAUAGCUUUCAUCACAAUGGGUUGUGGUUAUAUUGGCACUCAGGUCCCAAGCUCUUAGCUCCCAAAUGUUCGUUUCAAUUCUCUUACUGCUUUUCAAUUGCACGUUUGAAUCACGAUCUACGUAAUUUGAUGCCUGUGCUGCAUACGAUCUACACCAUACAAGGACUACUUGAUGACAUGCAACUUUCUUUGUAGAUUUCUAACAAGAAAAGAAAAGAAAAUGCGUAUGUCCUUAAUUGUAACGUUUAUGUAUGUAGAAUUUGUUUUGUAUGUAAUAUCUUGUUCCUGUAUAAUUACUUUAUAAAUCUUUGAUUUUGAAUAAUAAGAUAUCACGUUGUUCGAUUAUC